GACACAUGCAGUUUUUUUAAUCCUCAGAGCCCAUAGUACCUACGCAAUCUUCCCUUCUACGUGUUAAUGUUACUUCGAUAAGUCUCAACUUGGCAGCGUGGCUGGACGGAGGGUGCCCCAUCACCUCAAUGGUGGUCGAAUAUAAGGAGCGAGGUGUGGCUUCCUGGACUCUUGUAUCCAAUCAUGUUCGAUGGGAUAACGAAACGGAAUAUGUGGUAUUAGACUUGAAUCCUGCUCACCGUUAUACCCUAAGAGUGACUGCACAUAAUUCGGCCGGUUCGUCAGUAGCUACGUAUCCUUUUACAACACUUACGCCCCUUGGAGCAACUUUAUCUCCGGAAGUAAUUGUCCACGGCGCCGUUGGUACAGCCCCUUGGUAUCUGGAUUCCCAUAUCCUGAUGGCUGUCGUCGUUGCUUGCAUCCUAGUUGUCCUCGCUGCUUGUAUUGCAAUAGCUUAUACUUGCAGGCGUACUAGGACCCAUACGCAAAUUUAUAAAGAGGUUAGUCAUGUCCACAAUGAUUUGACACCUGAUGCUGGUCUGACGUCGGAUACAAUGACCAGAGUUCACAGUCUAGAAAUCCUUGAGGCUUAUACACCCUCAACACUGCCUUUGGGAGCGUAUGACGAGAUAUCUCCCUACGCGACCUUCAGGAUGCCUGGCGAUAAUAAAACACCUCCGCCUCCACCUCUACCAUCGGUCAGUGAAUCUCAGUCUGUGGUGAGUGCUGUGGAGACGAACUACAGUCGAGUGAAAAGAAAAUGUCCCAUGCCCCCAGAAGGAGGUGAGAUUUAGUUUUUUUUCUUCUUU